GUCGUAACUUGUAAGGAUGGAUUCCUGGGUCCACUGUCAGCUUCGAGCCUCCGGUAAGGCAAUUUUGGAGUUCUACUUCGCCACUUCUCCACUUCUCCCCUUCUCCACUUAGCUGAAACUCUCGUGAAAGGUGGAAAAAUGGUGGGAAUCUAUGGAACUUGUUCUCUCUCUUCUCUUCCAUUUUUGCUAAAUCUCCUCCUCUUCUUUACAUCGACAUGUCCGUCAGUUAUCGUUUCAUCGCCAGAGGAUUCAUCGGCGAUAAUAUCUAGAUUCCAACAAUACCUUCAAAUCAACACAGCUCAACCGAACCCUGACUACUCCGAAGCUGCAGAUUUCAUUAUUUCUCAGUCCAAAACCAGCGGCCUCGAAUCCCAAAUCCUCGAGUUCGUUAAGGGCAAGCCUGUUAUUAUCCUCAAAUGGCCUGGUACAAACCCUGAGCUCCCUUCGAUUCUCCUGAAUUCGCACACGGACGUGGUACCCGCCGAGCAUCAUAAAUGGACUCACCGUCCUUUCGACGCUCACAUCAAUCAGGCUGGAGAUAUCUAUGCCAGAGGAUCGCAGGACAUGAAGUGUGUUGGGAUGCAGUACCUUGAGGCAAUCCGCCAAUUGAAAAACUCUGGAUUCCAGCCGACUAGGACGCUUUACCUUUCAUUCGUUCCCGAUGAGGAAAUAGGUGGCCAUGACGGGGCUGAGAAGUUCGCAGGUUCGGAAGAAUUUAAGAAAAUGAAUGUUGGGAUCGUCCUCGAUGAAGGGCUGGCUUCAACGAAUGAGAAUUACCGCGUUUUCUAUGCGGAGAGGUGCCCAUGGUGGCUUGUGAUUAAGGCUACUGGUGCCCCUGGACAUGGGUCAAAGCUGUACGACAAUAGUGCAAUGGAGAACCUGCUGAAGAGCAUCGAGAGUGUGAGGAGGUUCCGUGCUGCUCAAUUUGACAUGGUGAAGACGGGUUUGAAGGCAGAAGGCGAGGUCAUUUCAGUGAAUAUGGUAUUCUUGAAGGCUGGCACACCAUCUCCGACUGGGUUCGUCAUGAAUCUGCAGCCAUCUGAAGCUGAAGCAGGUUUCGAUAUUCGAGUCCCGCCAAUUGCUGAUGAGAAAUCAUUGGAGAAACGGAUUGAAGAGGAAUGGGCACCUUCUUCACGCAACAUGACAUUUGAGUUUAAGCAGAAGGGUUCCACCUUAAAUAAGUUUGGGAAGCCACUCCUUACUGCUACAGAUGACUCUAAUCCAUGGUGGACAAUCUUAGAAGGGGCAGUAAAGAAAGCUAAUGGCAAACUUGGUAAACCAGAAGUUUUUCCAGCCGCUACAGAUGCUCGAUACUUCCGCCAUCGAGGAUUUCCAGCAAUUGGAUUUUCUCCCAUGGCAAACACUCCUAUUCUGCUUCAUGACCAUAAUGAGUUCCUAAAUCAAGCAGAGUACUUGAAAGGAAUUGAAAUAUAUGAGUCGAUCAUCAAAGGAUACACAUCUUACACUGAGCACACAGGGAAUGUUGUGUCCAAGGACGAAUUGUAAGAGUGGCAUGGCUCUGUGAUGAACUUGUCAUAGCUUCAUUAUAAUGCAGAGGGGAUAAAGGAUAGACCUCACUUGGUAGCUCUGGCAGAGAGAAAUAUAUUAAUGGAAGUCACUCCUAUUGCCAUGUGCAUUGAUGUGAAUUAUAAGAUGUAUUCCACUGGUUAACCAUUAGUUCUGAUCUUUGGAUAAGGAAUAAGUAUACUGGUAGUGGUCCAGUCCCUCUGGGCUGCCUAUGGCAUUGGCCUCCCCAAAGUGCAUCAUUAACUUCGAGGUUAUGCUUAAUUGAUUUAUGUGUCUA